GGCUACAUACCACUGUUCGUUGUUUUCGCGACGGUUUGAAAAAAAAAAAAAUAAAAUAAAAAAAUAAAAAAACAAAACAAAGCAAAGUAUGCCAAAGCGAAGUAAACCAACCAGGUAAACCCCGCCAAGUCGUGCCAAGUCGUGCCAAGUCGUGCCAAGUCAUGCCAAACGAGCGACAACGCGAUAAACGCGCGAAGGCACAAAGAACAGCAUCGAAAGCAGCAAUUUUACAGCCCCGCCCGACGGCCACGUGGAUGAAGAGGUUUUCCCUCGAUCUGACCAAAGCAACUGUCAAGUAGGGCAGCAGGACCAACGCCCAAACGGAGAGAUAAUAGAAAAGAGUGAAGAAGAUAGUGCGGCAGGAGAGUGCACAAAAAGAGCGUAGCAGAGGAGGACCCACAUCCACGCUGCGUAUAUAAAACAAACUAUCUUCAGCUUGCCACUCCGCACCAAACGGAGCAGUCAAAUAAGCGACGUUGGAAGGAAGCACAAGUGAACCAUCAGCAGGAGCCCAUCAGCCAUUCCCCUAACCGUUCGAGCGCGCCUCUUUAACCGGUCGUCCAUUUGCGAGGCACCCCCUCUGAACAAGCAGCAAGAAACAUAUAUAUCAUUACAUAUAUGUUGCUGCAUUGUUAAUACCCUCUGUGCACAUCCCCUGUGAGCGUUUUCGCCAACAUGUCGGACGCCGUGGUGUCUACGGAAGCUUUAAACACCGCGGGUGUUCAAGAGAAGGACGACGACGUGAAUGCCAAGAUUUUCCCCCUGGCCUCCCCCGAGCUGACGAACCAAAUUCUUGACGUUAUACAAAGGGCAACAGUUUAUAGGCAGUUGAAGAGGGGAGCCAACGAAGCUGUCAAAAGUCUGCACAAGGGAAUAUCCGAGUUGGUGGUUCUCGCUGCGGAUGCCAAGCCACUCGAAAUUAUUUCGCACAUCCCGCUUGUUUGCGAGGACAAGAACACGCCGUACGUCUACGUCCGCAGCAAGAUGGCGCUCGGCAGGGCCUGCGGAAUAUCCAGAUCAGUUAUAGCCACGUCGAUCAUCACGAAGGAUGGGUCCCCCCUCGAGACGCAGAUAACCGAGCUGAAGGACCUCAUCGAGCAGAUGCUCAUUUGACUUGCAGCAGAAGCGGAUUUGGCUUUCAGCAGACGCAUAUUUGACUUUUGAGCAGACGCAGAUUUAACUUUUUUUUUUUUUUUUUUUUUUUACCUUAUUUUUUGCUUCAUUUUUGCUUUAUUUUUCAUUUCUGCCCACCCUCGUUGGCGGAUUGCCCCCCGCAUAGGCUCCCCCCCAGUGCGCUAUGGUUAUAGUUUGAAACUGUUUCCCCUUUUUUUAUUCCCUUUUCUUUCUUUUCCUUCCCUUUUGCGCCGAAUGCAAACUUAAUUUGUGUGGUCCACUUAUGUAGCAGCCAUUGAGUGCGCUUUGCCACAACGCACAGCACGUAAAUGUGCAGUCGCAUCUCCACCGCACACCGUUGCAAGUACCACCUUAAUCAUUUUUCCCU